AUUCUCGCUGCGCGCUGUUCGUUCGCUGCCGCCUGUGUACAUUUUAGUGCGCGUGUGUGUGGGGAGGCAAGGAAGAGGAAGCAAGAAGGAAGCCGCAAAAGGAAAAUCCAAUUCCGAGAAAUCUUAUCAAUGAAGACGAAGACUAAAUGAAAAAUAAUCGAGAUGCGUGCGAUUCAAUAGAGCAAAAUUAAUUUCAAGUGUUAUUUUUUCGGCACUUCACUCCGUUCUUCUAUCGUUGUGCGUGUGUGUGUGUUUUGGUGGCGUGAGUGUGGCCACGCCUACACGGGAAAUGGCAGCAACGGUUUACCAACGCCUACACAGCGUCGCAGUUGGCGUCGGGAAUGCCGCCGGCAGCGCAGUCGGCAGCGGGUCGGCUUCCUUUCCGGGAUCUGGAUCGGGAUCGGGAACUGGAAUAGGCCAUGGGAACAGCUCGUCCUCCUCCGCCCUCCUCAGCCACUCCCAGCUGACGCGCUCACUGGAACGAAUCCUGGAAGAGGCGCACUUCAGCGGCGAACUGAUCCUGACCAAUCGCAAGCUGAAGGACUUUCCCAGGACGGGAACAAAGUACUCCCUUACGGACACCGUCAUCGCAGAUCUGUCCCGGAAUAGAUUCGCAGAGCUGCCCGAAGAAGUCACGACGUUUGCGUUCUUGGAGACCUUGCUGCUGUAUCACAAUGGGAUUCGUAGCAUUCCGGAAUCGGUGAAGCAGCUAUCCUCGCUAACCUACUUGGAUCUUCGCAGCAAUCAGCUAUCCUCGCUUCCCCGCGAGCUUUGUUUCCUGCCCCUUCAGGUGCUCCUGGUGUCCAAUAAUCGAUUGGCUUCGUUACCCGAUGAACUGGGUCGAUUGGAUCAGACCCUUACCGAUCUGGAUGCUUCGUACAAUCAGCUGACCAACUUGCCUGCUCGUCUGGGCGAGCUGAGAACUCUGCGUUCGCUUUCGCUGAGAAGCAAUCAUUUGAUGUAUCUGCCCAGGGAGCUAACUUGUUUGAGUUUGAUAUCCCUGGAUGUGAGCAACAACAAGAUCGCUAGUCUGCCGCUAGAGAUUCGUCACAUGAGCACUCUGGUAGAGCUGCAGCUGGAGAAUAAUCCUCUGACCUCGCCUCCAGCUAGUCUUUGCAUGCGUGGCCUGGUGCACGUGUUCAAAUUUUUAGAAACGCAGGCCACCAAGGACGAGAAGGGCUCCCGGUCCGGCGGCAACUAUGAUGGAUACACCACACUGCGAAGGGCUCCUCGACACAAUUCCAGCGGCAAUGUCCUUGAAGCCAGCACCAGUGGCAGCAGCAACAACCAGCGAAGACAUCAGGUUGACUCUGGUUAUAGCACCAGUGAUGGUCUCGACAAGCGCUGGUCGCACGAUGCCCCUGCUAAAUCGAAAACGGAUUCACCGCUGCACUGUGUCUCCAACUCGGCGGCUGCCACUUUGCCCAGGACACUGCCAAGUGCGGUUCAUUCGCAUGCGGAUCUGAUGGAUGCAUCCCUCACCUCCAGCACUAGUACGAUUGUGGAUGAGAGUCUCACUUUGAGCCCCACGUCAUCGCCCUGCAAGUUGAGCUAUGCGCACUCGAAUAGCUCUAGUAAUAGUUCGUCGCCGGAUCAGGACGAGGACAUCAUGCUGGACCAUCAGGAGCGUUCUGUACACCUCGCCAAUGGGAAAUCCGGAAAGAGUCUCGGCAAUAUUCAGACUUACAAGGAGUACAAGGAGGCCCUGAAACAGCAGCGCAACCAGGAGAUCAGCGUCUACAAGCAGAAGCAUCCGAAUGCCAACCACAGUCCCAAUGACGACGAGGAUCUCUCACCGUCGCCGCCGGCUAUCGCCAACGGAUCAUCCUCAAACACACUGCCAAAGUCCAUUAUGAAGCAGAACAGCAACCAGAACGGUCAUAAUGGGAACGGAAAUGGAAGCGGAAACGGGAACGGAGUUGAUGAUGUUGUCAUACCAAAGAAACCUAUUCAGAAGGUUAUCCCCUCUCGGAACACGGAAAUAAAGCCGGCCUCCACAUCCGGCAUACCCUCUGCCAUUUCAUCGGAUUGUUUGGGCUACGUUAAGCCACAGAGUCCCAUGAAGAAUGGCACAAAUAAAUUCAGUACGUCCAACGGUGGAGGAGUGACACCAAUCCAAGCGGGCAUCGCCAGCAGCACCACCAUCAAAUCGCCAGUUAGCUCAACCACCAAGCUUGGCACUGUGAAGACACACCGUUCGGUGACCUGGAACCACGAUAUUCCCGCCGAGAAGCUGAGCUUCACCAUGCGCCGGGAGUUCGAUCGCCAAAGGGAGGAAACCGAAUUGAUGUCGCAGUUGAGGAUUAUCAUUGAAACGCGUUUAAAAAUGACGUUGCCUGUGGAUAUUGCCUCUGCUCUGACGGAUGGUGUUAUUCUGUGCCAUUUGGCCAAUUAUGUGCGCCCACGUUCGGUGGCCAGCAUUCAUGUGCCAUCUCCUGGUGUGAACAAGUUGACUAUGGCCAGAUGUCGUCGCAAUGUGGAUAACUUUUUGGAAGCGUGUCGGCGCAUUGGUGUAGAUGAGGAGUUGAUUUGCUCCUGUGAAGAUGUUGUGCCACAAAUUGAACCGCAACAACCACAAAUGUCACGUGCUGACGAUGACUAUGAUGCUGAUGUUUAUGUGCAAGAUGAAGGCAACAUCAGUGGCAACAGCAGCAACAUGCAAUGCACCAGCGAUGGCAGCAACAGCAGCAACCAUAUUGAUAGAGUGCCCAAUGCAUUGGCCCUACUGCGCACAGUGUCCGCUCUGAUUGCCCUGGAUGAGAAUCCGUAUCAUCAGCAGUUUCAUCAUCAUCUUCAGCUGCAGCAGCAACAGCAACACUUCGAGCAAGAGCAAUUCAGUGAGCCAACUACCUGCAGCCAACAGCAAGAACAGAUGUUGCAGUUGCAGCAGCAACAGCAGCAGCUAGAGCAUGUUUUGUAUGAGAAUGGCCAGCCAAGGGCUGAAAAUGAUGAUGGGGUUGAGGAUCGUGAUGAUGAUAUGGGCAAACGGCAGCAGCAACUGGCGACAGUGGGCCAAAUGCUGCUGAAGGCCAAGCAAAAAACCUAUGAGAAGAUCAAACAAAAUUUGCUGAGUGCCCAUGGUCAGCAUAAUUUCCAGGGCAACAAUAAUAAUAGAAAGUUGCACACGAUUGUGGAGAACGAGCAUGAUGUGGCCGCCGCAGGACCGGCGGGUCAUUAUCAAAUUAUAGACGAAAAACAGGAGCAACCGCAGCAGCAACAAGCAGAGGACUCGAAGGAUGCAAGCUCACUGGACAACGCAACCAAGGAAGCCAUCAGCAAGCGCAUCGAGUUCUUCGAGCAGCAAAGGCAUGGCAAACAGAAACUGGAGGUCUUCAGCAUCUAUUUACCAAAGGAGAAAAGCAAGCAGCUCGAGCAGAGUAUAAAAGCCAAGACUAACGAAGCUGGAACUUCAAUAUUAAAGCAUGAUUCCCACACGUUGACAGUGAUCUUGUCGUGCGUUUUCAUCGCCACCUUCCUCUGGCUGGUCUUCUUCCCGUUGCCCGGCUAGUCCAUAUAGUAUAGCUUAUUUUUUGCGCCUUGGUUUGCCAGUAGAAUUAAGAUAAAACACGAGAGUUAGGGCUGCUGUUGCGCUUUUUCUCAUGGUAGUGACUUCUUGAGGCUGCUUUUUGUUUACCGCUUAGGCUUACAACCCAUAUUUAUGAAACAUUCUAUACCUAACUUUUAAUCUAAGAAAUGGAAAUUCCCCAAAGGACAACAAAACAAACAGGCAACUUUUGAGGCAUUUAAAUGAGAGAAACCCCAAAGACUUUUAAAUUGUAUUACAUUUUUGGCUCGCAUUUUCCUAUAAAUUAUUAGGGGUAUGCACAAAAAAGUAUUAACUAUCUAUUAUACAUACCUAAAUAGUAAAAAUGGAAGUUCCAAAAAAUACAAACGCUCGAUUUGAGUUCCAACCAAAAGUUCCUUUAAAAAUAUUUUCUAUACUUUCUAUUGCAUUUACUUUAUUUCAUAUAUACUUUAUUAUAUAAACUUAUACUUUAAAACUUUUACUUUAAAACGAAUUAACAUUUAAGUAUCUCACAAUUACCAUUUUUCACAUAUUAGUAAUGGCAACUAUUAGUGGUUAUUAUUUAACAGACUUAAUAAUACAUUUUUACCUGAAAAAUAUUAUUUAGAACAUACAUAUUUACCGACACUUAAACUAUUUUUAUCGUCAUGAAAUAAAUAAAUAUUUAUGUACCACCCCAUUAAAGAUUAACUAUUAACAAAGUUACUUUUAAAGUACUUCGAUUGUGCAUACCCAUAGAAAAUAAUUGAAAAAGAGUCGUUUUACGAAUACCCCCACAAUAACCACAUAUUCCAAGUUCAUGAAAAUGCUAUUGAACUCUAAAUUGGAUUAGGAUUUUAGAAAAAAUUCAAAAUUGACAUUUGCAUAACCACGUCUCAAGUCGUGAUGAACUGAAAGAAAAUCAACAAUGCGCUUCAUUUCAUUAUAUUUAAAUAAAUCAUUAAAUAACAUGUUUGACCUAAGUUACAACGAAACUAAAUCAAUUUAAGUUCCAUUUUGGCAGAUAAAGAUAUAAAGGAAAAUGUAUUAGUGCAGCUAUAAUUAGAUAUUACGUAUAUACCAAUUAGAUUAGGAUGAGAAAGAAAGGAAAGUCUUGUUACAGUUCGUUGGACAAUUAAUUCCGGAAGUUAUUGUAAAAAGUAUCUACUGGAGAGAGUUGGAGUUGUAUGGUUUUACGUGAAGCAGGGAAACUCAAAAUAGUUGUAGAGAAGGGUAAAAAAGUUGCAGUAUAAAGUUAUUCAUCUGUAGCCAACCAAUGUAGCAAGUUUAGAGGGAUUCUACUGGAGACGGUUCACCAAAUCAGUUUCAAGAAUAUUAUUUGGACAUGUGCACACCAUUUUUGAAGACAUUCUGAAUCAUUUUAUGUUUUAUUGGUUUUUUGUAUACCCAUUAAAAAUGUAUCAAAUAGAAUUAUUCUACAAGUAUUUUUCAUGUACAAAUAAUAUGUGUCAAAGAAAUAAUCUGAACAGGUUUGCUAAAGUACAUUACCAAACAUCACUUACUUUCUCGAAUCAAUUUAAGUGCGCACAAUUUUAUAUAAAAAAGACCAUCUCAAUACAAAUAAUAAUCACAAAAUAGUGCCUUUGACUGGAGAUCGGCGACAGUCUAGUCUGCCUACACUUGAAUUCAAUCUAUCUAUCUAUCUUUUUCGAAAGCAAUAAUUUAAAUACAUUUUCAAGAACGACGCUUUUCUAUACCAAUUUAAUUUAAAACAAAGUUUUCUUGACUAAAACUCAAAAUGUGCUAACAACAUUCCUAAAUAAGUUAUUUAAUUUAAGCUUAAACUUGUACUUAAACGAGGAAAACAAAAUAAAUCUAAUCAAAUUUCUACAAGAAGCACAAUCUCUAACACUCAGAAACGAAACAAAAGAUAACAUAUAUAUUUAUCUAGCGUCUAAUACCAGAAAUAUAUAUUUUGUCUAACAAAAUUAUUAAAGGAAAGACAAGGCAAUGAUGAAGCAGCUGUAAUCAGUCAUUAAUUUUUAUAAAAAACACGUAUUUAACAUGCAUAUAUCCAGAAAAAUAUUUACGAAAUCUCCAAAAUGAAAAUUGAAGCCAAAACUUUUUGUCAGCAUUUGUCAGAGGAAUAUUCCAUAAGUUAACUUCCAAACCAAAUGAAAAUGAAAACUGUUGCAUUCUAGAAUUUAAGCACAAACUGUCAACUAAGCGCUAUAUAUACAAGUGAAAGCAAAGAGUAAAAUAUAUGACAAAUAUACCAAAAAAACUAACAAUGUA